AAGUUGGUAAGAGGCCUUGUUCUCCACCUUUUUCGUCUGCUUCUGCUGACGCUGCUCCGCUCUCGUCAGCCUCCGGCCCGUUCUCUCCUGGAGACCGAGCACCAUGCCUUCAAUUAAAUUGCAGAGUUCUGAUGGAGAGAUAUUUGAAGUUGAUGUUGAAAUUGCCAAACAAUCUGUGACUAUCAAGACUAUGUUAGAAGAUUUGGGAAUGGAUGAUGAAGGCGAUGAUGACCCAGUUCCUCUACCAAAUGUUAAUGCAGCAAUAUUAAAAAAGGUCAUUCAGUGGUGCACCCACCACAAGGAUGACCCUCCUCCUCCUGAGGAUGAUGAGAACAAAGAAAAGCGGACAGACGAUAUUCCUGUUUGGGACCAAGAAUUUCUCAAAGUUGACCAAGGAACACUAUUUGAACUAAUUCUGGCUGCAAACAAUUUAGACAUCAAAGGUUUGCUUGAUGUUACAUGCAAGACUGUUGCCAAUAUGAUCAAGGGGAAAACCCCUGAAGAGAUUCGCAAGACCUUCAAUAUAAAAAAUGACUUUACUGAAGAAGAGGAAGCCCAGGUACGCAAAGAGAACCAGUGGUGUGAAGAGGAGUGAAAAGUUGUGCCUGACACUGUAACACUGUAAGGAUUGUUCCAAAUACUAGUUGCACUGCUCUGUUUAUAAUUGUUAAUAUUAGGCAAACAGUAGACAAAUGCAGCAGCAAAUCAAUUGUAUUAGCAGAAUAUUGUCUUCAUUGCAUGUGUAGUUUGGGUACAGAUACCAAACCUGUGGCUGAGUUUCUUCCAGUAUGAUCAAAAGUAUCUUUUUUCUUUGCUCUGAAUAAAACUGAAUUGUGGGUUCUCUAUA